AUGCUGCCGCUCGGUCUGAUGCUGCUCCUGCUGACGGCCGCCGCCGCCGCCGACCCGGCCGGGACGGGCGCUCCGCCGCUCGGGGGGCCGGGGCUCGGCUUCUCUCCGGCGGUCCCCGCCUCUCCCUCCGCCCCGCCGCUCCUCCUCCUCCCGCAGCCCGGGGCGGAAUACGGGGCGCCCGGUGUCGCCUUGGCCCGGUCCGCUGCCGAGGAGCCGGCCGGCACCGGAGAGGAGGAAGACGCAGGGGAGCAUCAUCACGGCGGCGGGUACCGGGUGGUCCAGUGGGAGUGGAGCUACGUCCAGACUCCGUACAUCAUCGCCAUCUGGCUGCUGGUGGCCAGCGUGGCCAAGAUCUUGUUCCACUUCUCCCAGCGCUUCACCACCGUGGUCCCAGAGAGCUGCAUGCUGAUCCUGCUGGGUCUGGUCCUGGGCGGCAUCGUUCUCAUAGCCAAUAAGAAGCAGCUGUACCAGCUAGAGCCCAGCCUCUUCUUCCUCUUCCUGCUGCCAACCAUCGUGGGUGACGCCGGCUACUUCAUGCCAGCCAGGCUCUUCUUCGACAACCUGGGAGCCAUCCUGACGUACGCCGUGGUGGGGACGCUGUGGAACGCCUUCUGCACCGGGUUCUCUCUGUAUGCUGCCAAACUGCUGGGGUUCAUAGACGAGCGUGUGCAGGCUGGACUGUUGGACUUCCUGUUGUUCGGCGCCUUGAUCUCAGCCGUCGACCCCGUGGCGGUGCUGGCCGUGUUCGAGGAGGUUCACGUCAAUGAAACACUCUUCAUCAUCGUGUUUGGAGAGUCACUGGUCAACGACGCCGUCACCGUGGUUUUAUAUAAAGUCUACAUUUCCUUUGUGGAAGUGGGAGCAGAGAACGUGCUGACAGCAGAUUACUUCAAAGGAGUCGCGUCCUUCCUCAUCGUCAGUAUCGGGGGGACCAUGGUGGGUCUGAUCUUUGCCGUCAUUCUGGGCUUCAUCACUCGCUUCACCAAGAAAGUCCGGAUCAUCGAGCCGCUCCUCGUCUUCCUGCUGGUCUACUUGGCCUACCUGACCGCCGAGCUCUUCUCCCUGUCCGCCAUCCUGUCCAUGACCUUCUGUGGCAUCGGAGCCAACAAAUACGUAGAGGCCAACAUUUCCCAGAAGUCUCGAACCACAGUGAAGUACACGAUGAAGACUCUGGCCAGCAUCGCCGAGACCAUAAUCUUCAUCUUCCUGGGCAUCUCAGCCGUGGACAAGUCAAAGUGGGCCUGGGACACGGGCCUGGUGUCCUGCACCCUCGUCUUCAUCUUCAUUUUCAGAGCUGUCGGUGUGAUUGGUCAGACCUGGGUCCUGAACCGCUUCCGUCUCGUCCCAUUGGAGAAGAUCGACCAGGGGGUGAUGUCGUAUGGCGGUCUCCGGGGGGCGGUGGCGUUUGCCCUUGUGGUGCUGCUAGAUGGCGAGCAAGUCAAAGCCAAGGAUUACUUCGUCGCAACGACGAUCGUGGUCGUCUUCUUCACCGUCAUGUUCCAGGGUCUGACCAUCAAACCGCUGGUGAAGUGGCUCAAAGUUCCUCGUGCCACCAACAGGAAGCCCACCAUCAACGAGGAGAUCCACGAGAGGGCUUUCGACCACAUCCUGACUGCGGUGGAGGACAUUGCAGGGCUGCAGGGAUAUCACCACUGGAGAGACAAGUGGGAACAGUUUGACAAGAACUACCUGAGUAAGCUGCUGCUGAGGAAGUCUGUCUACAGGAAGAGCGAACUGUGGGAGGCUUAUCAGAAGAUCAACAUCAGGGACGCCAUCAGCGUCAUCGACCAGGGUGGGAACGUCCUGACCUCGGCCAGACUGUCUCUGCCCUCGAUGGCCAGCAGAGCCUCGUUCCCUGAAGUCACCAACGUCACAAACUACCUCCGGGAGAACGGCAGCGGUGUGUGUCUGGACCUCCAGGUGAUCGAUAACGUUCCUGGAGCCAAAGUGGAGGAGGACAUGGAGACGCACCAUGUCCUUGCUGGGAACCUGUACAAACCCAGGAGACGGUAUCAGUCCCACUACAGUCGUCACUUCAUGCCGCUGGGGGAGAAGGAGCGUCAGGACCGGGAGGUGUUUCAGAGGAACAUGAGGAGCCGCAUGGAGACCUUCAAAUCCACCCGAUACAAACGGCACAAGAAGGAGCGCAGCCUGAAGAAGCGGCGAGGAUCCGACGUCAAGGAGGACGGCGGCGACAAACCCAGACGCAACGUCAGCUGGCAGGACAAAGAUCCGGUGGUUGUUCCCGUGGAGCCGGAGGAGGGCAAAGCCGAACAUUCGGACCCAGAGAAAGACGAAGACGUUGGGAACUUCGUGGCGAGGAAGGCUGAUACGCCAAAGCAGCGACCCAAUUCAGUCCCAGCAACUCUGGAAGGGUGCCAGAUUCCUCUGCUACCACCACCACCACCCGGACCCCCCUCACCACCACCUGCACCCCCUUCACCAACCAGGGAAGACAGUCAUUUGCCGUGGAAGGGCAGUCUGGGCUCGCCUCCCCCCUGUGUGUCUUUGGAGGCCACAAAGAUCAUCCCAGUGGACCUCCAGCAGGCCUGGAAUCAGAGCAUCUCCUCUCUGGAGAGCAUUUCUUCACCACCGGCCCCUGCCGAGCCCGUCCACCCACGGGUGAGCGCCCUCUCCAGACUGGGCGGACCCCGCCCGGCCUCCUACACACCACCUGGCAGUGCAGCAGGCAGCACAUUCUCCAUUGGAGCUCAGGUGUCGCAGGGCUCCUUCCUCUUCCCAGACAAGAAGAAAAAGAAGGAGAAGGAAGAGGAGGAGGAGGAGGAGGAGGAAGGGAGAGUGUCCCCAGAGAUGCAGCCACUCAUGUCUUCUCUGAAGCCUCCUGGUCCCUUGCCACCAUCCUCCACCCCGCCUGGUUCAGCCCCCAGCUCCGGGAGGAGGAGGCCCCCCUGCGUGUACCUGAGGAGCCUGGUGACAGCGCCCCCCCCUGAGCCUCACAGCCGAGGGCCCACCCAGCUGUAA